AUGAAGAUUUUUACAGCUAUGCAAAUACAAACUACAAACAUGGUAAUGGAGAGUUUUCGAUUGGACAAAAAUGGUGAAGGACCUAUCUUGUUAAAAAUGCAAAGUGAGCAGGCAAAAAGGGAUGUCAUCAAAAGAAUCAAGGAUUUAAAGGGUAUAUCUACAAGGCAAUGUGGCUUAGAGGGAAGUGACAGAAAGAUUUAUUUCAACGAGGAUCUGCCAAUGUCUAAGAGGGUACUUUUCAAGAUGGCAAGGGAACUUAAAAAGCAAAAGGGAUAUAAGGCAGCUUUUUACCUCAAUGGAUCUGUUUACAUCAAAACAAAUGAAAAUGAGCAAGCCAUAAAAAUUAAAUGUGAGUCUCAUUUGGACAAAUUAAGAUAG